CUCAGACAAAUUCUGCUCUCACUUCCACCAAUCUUGGACAUGCUGUUCCUGUUGUUCUUUGUCAUGGUAAUCUUUGCAAUGCUUGGUAAGUAAUAGCUAUAAUUAUAACAAAGUAGUUGACAAUUUUUCAUAAGCUAAAAAUCCUUUUAAAAUAAUCAGUGCUGUGAAAUUAGUUUUACUCUGAUCUGUCUUCAGUUAUACAUACAUGUAUGCAUUUUAGAAGUGGUUAAUUGACAUCGUUAUCAGUCCUCAAGCUCUCCUCUUGGAGAAUAGGGCCAUUGACUUGUCUCCUCCAAUCUGCUCUGUCUCUCGCAGUGGCAACAGCUUCAUUCCAAACUGUGGCAAAACCCAUCCUCUCCCUCUCUCCCUCUACAGUUCUCCAUGUGUCCUUAGGUCGACUUCUGCUCCUCUUACCCUCGGAUGCCCAGGUUAGGGCAAUUUGUGGGUUUUGUUGGUGGUCCAUGCGCAAUGCAUGCCCUAUCCAAUGCCACCUCCAUCUCCUAAUACGCUUACUGAUGGUGUAAGUCCUAGCUCUUUCCCUCACUUCUUCGUUGGUAACCCUCAUCGGCCAAUAUAUCUUUAACAACCUCCUUAGACACUUGUGGAGGAAUGUGUCUAGCUUUAACUCAUCCCUCUUGGUCAUUUUCCAAGUCUUGCAUCCAUAGAGUAGCGCUGCUAUGAUGCUGGACUUGAAGAUCCUGAUCUUGGUGUUUUUGCUCAGUUGACCACUUCUCCAGAUCUUGGCUAGUUUGUUAAAUGCUGCUGUAGCUUUUCCCAAGUGGCUCUUGAUGUCAUCCUCAACCCCUCCAUGUUUGGUCACUCUGGUCACACAUAAUCAAAGCCGUCCACGUCGUCUAUUUCCUUUCCAUCUACUACAACUGCAUUGUUGUUCUUUGCAUUGAUCCUCUGACAUGAGUUUGGUUUUCUUGGUGCUUAUUUUCAGGCCCAUUCCCUUCCCGUUUCUAUUCAGCUGGUCAUUCUUCGUCUGAAUGUGUGUGAAUGUACUUGAGAUUGGUGCCAAGCUGUCUGCAAAGUCUAAGUCCUCUAACGUAGUUGUGAUGCCUGUUCCUGCAUGUUUGACUGUCCUCCUCAUCACCCAGUCAACCACUGAGAGAAACAGGAAUCCUGACUCUCUCCCACCCUAGCGUUCCAGUCCCUCAUUACCAAGAGCAUGUCGUGUCUGGGAAUCGCAUCCAAUGUCUUCUGCAAUUGAUUGUAAACGGUCUCCUUUGCCUCGUUUUCUGCAUCCUUUGUUAGAGCGUACACUUGUACUGUAGGUGUCCUUUGCCUUAUCUUCUGCAUCCUAUGUUGGAGCGUACACUUGUACUGUAGUUGACUAUGUAUUUAGAGUAGAAUCUAACUGUAAUGAUAUGGUCGCUGACAGGUGUCCAACUCUCCAGACAUCCACUGGCAUACCUGGUCAUCACAAUUGCUACUCCAGUUUGGUGAACGUCACCUUCCCUACCCGAGUAGAGGAUGGUCUCUCCGGUCUGAGUUCUGAGCCUGCCAAACCCAGCCCACCUGCACUCGCUAAAUCCCACGAUGCUGAUCCUAUAUUGUUGCAUCUCUGAUGUUACUUCAGCUGUUUUGCCAAUGCUAUACAUGGUCCUCAGAUUCCAGCAUCCUGAAUCCUAUACAUAAUUUUGGGAUUAGCCAACAAUCCUCUCGGUCUAUGAGCUUCUUUGCAGAUUUCACCCGUUUCCUUCAUUCCCACGUGAUAAAGUUGUCACCUGGAGUUUGGCAAGUUGCCUUGUUUGAUCCAGUAUAGUUUGUCCUCAACAAGUCUCUGGUUUCCGUAAUCAGGUUUUUUUAUGGCAUAGGGUAAUUAGCCGUACGACCAACUCCAUUGGAGAUGGUUGGUGUGUUACUGGGAUUUUCCUUCCCCUAGGUAGUUGCCUUGUUAGGCUUACAGGUACUACUCCCUGGGGUUUGGCUUGGAGUUUUCCAUCUCCUAGAUGGGCUGCUUCCCAUGGCUAGAGAGCCCUAUCUGCCGUUUCCUAUCACCAGCCAAUCUCCGAGCUGAGCUGGCUACCCUGACGUAGUUCAGCCGGUGGGUCAACACCAUUGCCUGGGGUGUGGCGUUGCCUUGUCUGCAACUUCUGGGAGCCAUACGUCAGAGCUGGGUGUCGUAUGUGGACCAGUGCAGUUCAGGCACUCUGGGAAGAGUGUUACUGCCCCUCCUGCAGAGGUACUACCACACGCACCCAUACACCCCAGUUAAUUGACAUACCAGUAGUUUAUAUUCUUGUUUAUGCAGUUAAACGUUUAUGUUUAUUUGUAGGUUUUUACCUGUUUUCUGACAAUGAAAAAGAUGAGUUUUUCAGCAGUUUUUGGAGGAGCUUUAUCAGCUUGUUUGUCUUACUCACCACAGCAAACUAUCCUGAUGUGAUGAUGCCAUCUUAUUGGAGGUUACAAUGGGCUGUCGUAUAUUUUGCUGUUUACAUUUCAGUUGUCCUUUACUUCCUCAUGAAUUUGCUUUUGGCUGUGGUGUAUGACACAUUUACCAACAUUGAAAAGAAUAAGUUUCGCCAGCUUUUUCUUCACAAAAGGCACGCUGUUAGGCAGGCUUACAGGCUACUCUGUUCUGAAAACCCUCCACUUGAACACUGGAUCUCAUUAAAUAACUUUAUUGACUUGAUGUCAUUUUACAAACCCAAAAGUACUCUCGUGGAGAAAUAUCUUAUUUUCAAGUCAUUAGAUACAAGUGGAAGAAGGCAACUUAGUCUGGAUGAAUUUUAUCACAUAUUUGAGAACAGUGAGAUGGAAUGGAAGCAAGUAUGUCCCCUGAAGUAUUUUAAUAGGCUGAUUUAGCAACAGGACAGGAACAUCAGAUGAUGACUGCAGGGCGUGUGGAAUAA